UUCUGAAGCUUGAUGAACUUCACAAUUAUCCGCGCGUAUUUCUGGUGUUGAAGGUUAUGUCAUUUCUAUAAUAUGGCGUCGAGCGAGAGUGGUGAUGUUCAAAAAAAGUUGGAGUAUCGAAUUUACAAAUGCUCCAGCUACUCGUCCUGUUACGUACCCGAGUGAGUGCUCACAUCGUUUGCAGGCGGUCUUUAUUUUAUCUCUGAAACAUCUGGAAAAAUCUCUUAUCAGUGAACCAAAUAUUAUCGUCGAUAUUCCGUCAGAUCAGACUUCACGUUGGUCCUCCGAUAUUGAUAAUCAUCCACAGUAUCUCAUUCUCAAGCUUCAAAGUCCUUCCGUUGUUAAAUAUAUUACUUUCGGCAAAUAUGAAAAGACCCAUGUAUGUAAUAUCAAGAAGUUUAAGAUAUUCGGCGGAUUGGAGCCCGAAAACAUGAUGGAACUUCUCGAAAGUGGAUUGAGAAACGAUUCCAUACCAGAGACAUUCGAUCUUAAGCACGUUUUAGGAAAUGAGGGGAAUUACUUUCCCAUUCGAUAUAUAAAAGUGCUUCCGCUACAAUCUUGGGGUCCUAGUUUUAACUUUUCUAUUUGGCACAUUAGACUGACUGGUAUCAACGAUCCCAAAAUCGUAAAACCCUGUCUCGAGUGGUUUAACACGUAUCGACAGAAGGAAAUAAUAAGACUGUGCAUGAAGCAUUUUCGACAAAUGGAACAACCAGAAAUUGUUCAAACUUUACAGCGGGUUACUGGUGUUCCGUUGGAGGACACCCGGUUGUCAACAUUGUACGAUCUGCUUGUCACUCAGGGUGAUCAUCAGCAAGCUGAAUGUUUUAUCAGCAACGCGCUCACGAUGGGACUCUUAAGCGAUUAUAUCAAUGCGCAAACUUAUAGAGCAAUCUGGACGAAGUUGUCGUCUAGCGAGCCCAAGCCCGGGAUGCGGGGCGGCCAUCAGAUGGUGCUCGAUCCCGCGGCCGAAGUGCUCUAUCUGUUCGGUGGUUGGGACGGUAACCAGGAUCUCGCUGAUCUCUGGUCAUACGAUAUCGAGGCGAGCAAGUGGACGCUCAUAUGCAAGGACACGGAAGCAGUGGGAGGACCCAGCGCACGUUCGUGCCAUAAAAUGUGCCUAGAUCCACAGAGACGACAACUCUUUACAUUGGGCAGAUAUUUGGAUACGCAAUAUCGCACGCACGAGAACCUGAAGAGCGACUUUUACGUUUACGAUAUCGAGUCGAAUAAAUGGACGCAGAUUUCAGAGGAUACAGGUAGCAUGGGUGGGCCGCCACUCGUAUUCGACCAUCAAAUGUCAAUGGACGUAGAGAAACGCACGAUUUACGUUUUUGGCGGACGUAUGCUGGCUCAUCCGGCGAAUAGUGACGAGCACGGUUUGAUUCCUGAGCCACAUUUUUCCGGGCUGUACUCCUAUCACGUGCCGACCGGUACAUGGGUUAAGCUUGCCAGUGAUAUCGCUGACAAGACGUGCUCGAGAGAUAUGCCAAUCUACAGAUCGCGCGCCGGCCAUUCCAUGCUGUUUCAUCCACGAUCGAGAAAAUUAUACAUAUUCGCCGGUCAAAGAGGUAAGGAGUAUCUCAGCGACUUCUUCACUUACGAAGUGGACACGCAACAUGUCGAGUACAUAAGCUACAACGAGUUCAGCACGGCAAAGGACUCCAAUCACGUCCCCGCCGCCGGGUUUACGCAGCGAGCGACCAUUGAUCCGGAACUCGGCGAGAUUUAUGUUUUAUCGGGCUUGAGUAAAGACAAGGAUAAGAGAGACGACAACGUGCAGAAUUCCUUCUGGGUGUACAAUAUUCAAAACAGCAAGUGGUCUUGUAUAUAUCGCAACGAAAAUGUCGGUGAAAAAUACUGGAGUAAGAUGCAAGAUUAUGAACCGUGUCCGCGAUUCGCACAUCAACUUGUUUACGAUCAUACGAAAAAGGUUCAUUUUCUGUUUGGUGGCAAUCCAGGCAGGUCUUGUCUUCCAAAUCUGAGGCUCGAUGACUUUUGGCAGCUGGAGCUGCGCCGCCCCACGGCGGAACAAGUUCUAAAAAGAUGCAAGUUAAUCAUCAGACAACAUAAAUUCAAGGAGCUCGCCUUGAGCAACAGUAUAGAGGCUCUUGAAUAUCUGCAGACGAGAGUCUUUGAAAUUAUCGACCACAAUGACACGCAGCAAACGAGAGAGUUUCAAUUGCUGACAUCAAUCUUAUUCCGAGACCAGGAUGACUUGUCGAAGGAUUUUUCUCAUCCAGACGCGAUUUUGACGGCAGACGCAUCGGCGCGACGAUGCGUGAACUCGCGUGACGUGCACAAUCUGCGUACCGAGCUCUACAACCAGCUUGCGGAAUUCUUCCCGGAAUCAUUGACGCAGCCACGGGCGAAUCUGAUUGAUCUCCUACCGUUAUAUUGAUGCAGGGACGACUUGUGAGACGCGAGACUUGACAACGGAAUGUUCUCCGGUGAUAAAUAUUGUGUUUUUUUUUCCUUUGCUCUUGCCAUAUGUAUAUUCGACAAAAUUUCUUUCCAUUUUUACAACUCUAAUUAUGAUCUUAGCUUUCGUACAUUGAUGUCGCGUUUUACAGCGCGAUCAGCUUUUUUAUUUGCGGUAUAUCAUACUAUAAUCGCGGGAGGAAACGCAUGCUUCGGAUUUUUGACACUGGCAUAGCCUUCGCUUGCAAUCCGGUUUACUUCACUUUUGUUAUAUUUUUCGAGUUUUCCUUCUUCACGUCCUUCGAGUUUUCUUCUUUUCCGUCUUCAGAAAACUGUUUGUUCGAAACAGUUUUCUGAGACUAAGCAUUCGAUAUGCUAUUUAUACUUAUCAACUAUGUACAGCUCGAGAUCAAACCCCCUCGAAACUUUGUGAUAUCGAUAGUUUUUUCAAUCGAGUCGACUGGUUAACUGUAUACAUAAGUAAGCUAGAGGAAAAAUGAAUUUAUAUAUAUAUAUAUUUCUCCUAUACGUAACUAUGUGUUUAAAUGCGGCCAUAAAGUUGUUGUUAUUACGUUUACUAAAAUAAUAUAUUUGUCGAGCGAAUAGAGAGAGAAGAUAAGGCUAGACGAUAGCAGUCUAAGAAAGCUCUCAGCAUGAUGAUUUAACCCGCAAAAUGUUUUACCUAACUUUAUAUACCAAUCGAUAUAUACGCUCUCUUACUUUUAACAAAAGAAAAGUACGUAAGAAAUUAUUGUCUUAACUAAAUUUAAUUGCUUAUGUUCUAAAUUCUGACAUUUAGUCAGACAAAUAAUCUCUUAGCUUACAAAGAGACAAUAGCAUAAAGACGUAACAAAUAUGAUUAAGAUACAUAAAAAUUCCUUUAUUUAAUUAAUUAUAAUUUUGUAUUAUAAAAUAAACUUAAUUUAAUCAAUUAUAAAUAAUUAAAUAAGGAAUUUUGUAUUAUAAAAUUAUGUAAUUAAAUAAGGAAGCUUUCUAGGCCAUGCUGGCUUUACACCAACCAUAUUUGCCCCUUCUAAUUGAUUAUUGCUUUCUUGUUCAUUUUCCACAUUGUAAAAAGCAGCGGAGAUAUUUCUGGCGGUUGAGUUAGGUAAAACAUCCUGUAUGCCAAUUCUUUGUCUUGUAAAAUAUCUUUCCUUAGAUAUACAUUAGCUGUGUACUCCAUUAUCUAAUCCGUUUGUAAUUUAAAGCCUACGGUGCGUUUUGCAUUGCGAGAAACGCGCCGUAGGCUUAAAAAUAAUUUUAUUCACCGGAAAUGCCUUCCAAUGACAGGAUACGGAAUUUGAGGAUAUAUCGUUGCAAGUAUUAAUAAUACUCGCAAUAAGACGCAAUAAUUUCUAAUGAACUCACUUCCGACCUCUCAGAGAUCUUGUUUGCAGCCCCCUCCCCCGUUUGGCUCUCGCCACACAUGUAUUCGUAGUAGAAUCCGCGCACAAAUGAAUUUCAGAAAGUUUAGGUUCUCGUUAGCAUGUAAAUAUUUACUACAAUAGUCACGAUUCUUUUUGUAUUAUAAGUGUUAGCGCGGUGUAUCUAUUUUAUUGUCCGUUGGCCGGAAUGUAUCUUGUAUAUAGAACGAUCUAUGAUUAAAAAUGAUUAUAGAGCCUUGCGAGCUUAAAAGGAGAAGAAAUAUAAGCGAUGAGAGGCGAAAUUAUACGGCCACUGAAAUCCACGCGUUAUUGUACAUAUAUAUAAUUACAUGAUGUAUAAGGAACGUCAAAGAUUUUUAUAAUGUGAUUCCAGUUAUGCUAAGUUAGAUAAUGGAACUGUAAAAAAGAAGAAAGUGAGCGAAGAGUAUAUACAAAGAAACGAAAAUGUACGAAACUUUUUUUGCUGGAAUAAAAACGGUACGAUGCCGCCGCUAUUUCUCUGACAUGCAUGCACACAUACUAGACGUCUCGAAGCUGUGAAAGAACACGCACGUUAGACACAGGAGACACAUCGAUCCUUCGAGACGAGGCGAAAUGUGUUGAUAUCCAAAGUUCUAGUCAGAUAAUAAAUGUUUAUAAAAGUAUGUGAAAGAAGAAAACGAGGAGUCUGAAAUUUAUUUUACACAACAAAUUCUCAGUUGAAGAAAUGCCAAAUUUAUUUUGCUAUUCUCUGUUCGAGAGAUUAUGAUACAGAUAUAAUUAUUUAUAUAUAAUAUACAAUUUAUUAUUUAUAUAUAAACGCGGAAUACAUUGCACGAAGACGGACAAAUGUACAGACGUUAACUAACGUUAAUUAACAACAACGGAUUUCGAACUGAAA